AUGAGCCAUUGGGAAGGCGACAGAGAAGAGAGAUGGGGUGGUUAUGGGUAUGGCAGCAGGAGUCUCCACAGCCUCGGAGGGUUUAGGAACAUUUCUCCCAGUGGAGGCUAUGGAGAAGAAGGAGGAUAUGGCAGGUGCCUGGGGUUCGGUGGUGGGAGAUAUCUUGAUAGGGGCUUUGGAAGAAGAGGGUAUUUUGUGGGAGAUUUUCACGGUGGUGGUAGCGUGUACAGAGGAGGACCAGGCGGAGGGGCACGUGGUGGAUGUCUUGGCCUUGCCUUUAGCGAGCAAGGGGCUGGACGGAGCUUUGGGCAUGCUGGUGUCAGCAGAGGCAUCGAGGAGGUCCGCAUCAACACCAGCCUGCUGAGGCCGAUACAAGUACAAGUUGACCCCCAGUUCCAGAGGAUGCGGUCAGAUGAGAAAGAGCAGAUUAAGACUCUCAACAACAAAUUUGCAUCAUUCAUCGAUAAGGUUCAAUGUCUUGAGCGGCAGAACCAGGCCCUGAUGACCAAGUGGGAACUUCUGCAGCAGCAGAGCUCCAACCCAGAGGAGAGCAGGAACAUCGCCACGUUCUUCCAGUCGUAUAUCAGCAACCUGCAGAGGCAGCUGGAGAUGCUCCAGAGCCAGAAGGAGCAGCUGGAUCCAGAAGCCUAUAAUAUGCUUCAGCUUGUUGAAGACUACAAAAAGAGAUUCGAGGAUGAAAUCAACAAGCGCACGUCCAAGGAAGAGGAGUUUGUGGAGCUUAAAAAGGAGCUGGACAGUGCCUACAUGGGGAAGAUGGAGUUUGAAGUUCGGGUGGAAAUACUGAAGCAGGAGCUUGAGUUCCUCAGAUGCUUGCAUGAUGCUGAGUUGUCCCAGCUGCAAACAGUAGCUGGCAACACCAACGUUGUUCUGUCCAUGGACAACAACAGGGAGCUGAACAUGGAUGGCGUCGUUGAGGAAGUCAGGCAGGAGUACGAGGCAAUUGCUCAGAAAAGCAAAGCUGAAGUAGAUGCCAUGUACCGAGGCAGGUACCAGGACCUUCAGAACAUGUGGGUAAAUCAACGGGAGCAACUGAGGAACAGUUACCAGGAAAUCCAGGAACUUACCAGGCAGAUCCAAAGACUCCAACCAGAAAUUGAAAUCUUAAGGAAAAAGAAUGCUGGACACGAAGAAGCCAUUAAGGAUGCUGAGCAGCAUGGGAGCUCUGCUGUCAGAGACGGCCAGAAAAAGCUUCAGGAUCUGGAGAACGCCCUGCAGCAGGCCAAAGAUGACCUGGCUCGAAUUCUUCAUGAUUAUCAGGAGCUCCUGAAUGUGAAAUUGGCCCUAGAUAUUGAAAUUGCUAUGUACAGGUCACUGCUUGAGGAGGAGGAGACCAGGUAG